ACCCCCUCGCUCGCUCGCUCGCUCACUAGCUCGCUCGCUCAGUAGUGGUAGGCCGGCAGGAAGGCUCCCGGCCCGCUCACAGCUGCCUGCCAUCGACAACGCGCGCGCGCGCGCACGGGAGCGCGCGUCGUCCGUUGUUUCCAUGGCUCCACCCCGCGUCGGCGCCGGCGCCGUGCUGCCCGUGGUGGUGGCGCUCCUCCUCGUCGUCGCAGCAGCGGCCGCCGGCGGCGGCAUGAAGACGGCGACACACGGCGAGGGCGCGAAUCUCAAGGCAUCUCACGGCUCGUCCGCGCCGCCUGCGGCCGGCGGCUCGGCGGAGCAGUUCCGGGGCAAAGCGCGGCUGCCGAGCUUCGCCGCGCCGCGCCGCUACGAGCUCUUCCUCCGCCCCGACCUGGUCACCUGCACCUUCUCCGGCUCGGUGGCCAUCUCCGUCGCCGUCUCCGCGCCCACCCGCUUCGUCGUGCUCAACGCGCUCGACCUCUCCGUCAACCGCGCCUCCAUCCGCUUCCAGGCUUUGGCGCCCACGGAGGUGGUGUUCUUCAAGGAUGACGGUGUGUUGGUGCUCGGGUUUGCCAAGCAGCUGCCCCUCGGCGAGGGCGUGCUCAAGAUGGACUUCAACGGCAUUCUCAACGACCAAAUGAGAGGCUUCUACAGGAGUAAAUACCUGUAUAAGGGGAAAGAGAGAAACAUGGCGGUGACGCAGUUUGAGUCCGUGGAUGCGCGGCGGUGCUUCCCCUGCUGGGAUGAGCCCGCAUUCAAGGCUAAGUUCAAGCUAACACUUGAAGUUCCAUCUGAGCUGGUAGCACUGUCCAACAUGCCAGUAGCUAACGCAACAUUUGCUGGUCCUCUCAAAACUGUGCGUUACCAGGAAUCGCCACGUAUGUCAACUUAUUUAGUGGCCAUAGUUGUCGGUUUGUUUGAAUAUGUAGAGGGUAUGACAACAAAAGGCACGAAAGUUCGUGUGUACACUCAAAUUGGUAAGAGUAACCAAGGGAAGUUUGCACUAGAUGUUGGAGUGAAGUCGUUGAAUCUCUAUAAAGAUUACUUUGCCACUCCUUAUCCACUCCCCAAGUUGGAUAUGGUUGCUAUCCCUGAUUUUGCUCCUGGAGCCAUGGAGAACUACGGAUUGGUCACUUACCGGGAAGUAGCUUUGCUUUUCGAUGACAAGUCUUCAUCAGCAUCCAGCAAACAGAAUAUUGCAAUUACUGUGGCACACGAAUUGGCUCAUCAAUGGUUUGGCAAUCUUGUAACCAUGGAAUGGUGGACUCACUUGUGGUUAAAUGAGGGAUUUGCUACAUGGAUGAGCCAUCUAGCAGUAGAUUCUUUUUUUCCACAAUGGAAUAUCUGGGCACAGUUUCUUGAUCGCACAACCACUGCUCUCAGGCUGGAUUCACUCGAGGCGUCUCAUCCUAUUGAGGUUGAAAUACACCAUGCCAGUGAAGUUGAUCAGAUUUUUGAUGCUAUUAGCUAUGACAAGGGUGCUUCUGUUAUUCGCAUGCUACAAAGUUAUCUUGGCGCAGAGCGUUUUCAGAAAGCAAUGGCUUCAUAUAUGAAGAAAUAUGCAUACUCAAAUGCUAAAACCGAGGACCUUUGGGCUGUUCUUGAAAAGGAAACUGGUGAACCUGUCAAGGAUUUGAUGACUACAUGGACGAAGCAAAAAGGUGAGCAGGUAAUAGGUUAUCUUACAUACCAUCCUUCGUAUCUAUCAUGCAUUCAUCAUCACACGACUAACCAAGCCCAGUUUUUGUUAGAUGGGUCCUCUGGCUCUGGCAUGUGGAUUGUCCCUAUAACUUCAGGCUGUGGUGCAUAUGAUACACAGAAAAAGUUGUUGAAACUUAAACGUGAUAAGCUGGUCAUUGGUUCACAAUGUGGUGACCGAAAGAAGGGCGGAAACUUUUGGACUAAGUUGAAUAUAAAUGGAACUGGAUUUUACAGAGUUAAAUAUGACGAUGAGCUUGCAGCUGCACUUCAAAAUGCAUUGGAGACCAAGAAGCUCUCACUAAUGGAUAAAAUUGGCAUCAUGGAUGACUUAUAUGCGCUUUCUAUUGCCCGCCAACAAACAUUUGCGUCGUUGCUACAUUUACUCUACGGUUAUCGUGGGGAAGCUGAUUAUAGUGUUCUUUCACACAUAAACACUGUAACCACAAGUAUUGCUAAAAUAUCUGCUGAUGCUACUCCUGCCUUGGCUGGUGACGUCAAGCAACUUUUGAUCAAGAUUCUUUUGUCACCUGCAGAAAAGUUAGGCUGGGACCCCAAGAAGGGUGAGAGCCACCUGGAUGUAAUGCUUAGACCACUGCUGUUGACUGCACUUGUCCAACUUGGACAUGGUAAGACCAUUAAUGAAGGAGUUAGGCGCUUUAACAUCUUCACACGUGAUCGUGGCACUUCUCUUCUUCCUCCGGAUACUAGAAAGGCCGCAUACCUCGCUGUGAUGCAGAAUGUUAGUAGUUCAAACAGAUCCGGUUAUGAUGCUCUCCGAAAAAUCUACAAGGAGUCAGCUGAAGGGGAGGAAAGAUUACAAGUCUUAGGCAUAUUAUCUUCUUGCCGGGACAAGGGUAUCGUCCUUGAAUCACUGAAUUUAAUUUUCACUAGCGAGGUUCGCAAUCAAGAUGCAUAUAUUCUCCUUAGAGGUAUUCAACCAGAGGCACGUGAAAUUUCCUGGAACUGGUUGAAGGAAAACUGGGAGCGCAUCUCAAAGACAUUUGCCGGGAGCUUGGUUACGAAUUUUGUUAAAACCAUUGUUCCAUUGUUCACCUCCAACGAGAAGGCGGCAGAGAUCUCCAAGUUCUUUGUAACGCGCACAAAGCCCGGAUUUGAGAGGACGCUGAAGCAGAGCCUUGAAAACGUGCGGAUCAGCGCGAGAUGGGCCAAGGGCAUCAGGAGUGAGCCCGGGCUUUCACAGACGGUGCGUGAGCUCCUGGCCAAGCCCUGACGUGCUGCAGCUAGAGUGCUAGGUUACAGUUGUUGUUGGCAAUAAGAAUGCAUUUGUGCCUUGUCAUGUGUGGUGAAGAAUGCAUUUGUGGCUUGAGAUGGUAUUUGGUUGUACAUCUGUAGUGGUGGUGGUAGUGAGUCAGCUGAUGCCAGUUUGUAGCCAAAUCAUUGAUUGUUAUGAAUGCAUGUGGUGCAAACGGGUUGUAUGAA